CAACUUUUAGAGAAGCACCCUGAUAGUGAAGAGUAUAAGGGAAGAUAUGCAAGAAUAUUUGUUGGGUUAACAAAUUUUGAAGCUUUAUGGCUGGCGUCAAGGCAUAAUAAGACUGGGUGUUUCCGUCAUGAAAUGACAUUCAAAGAUGAGGUGGAAGUUGCUCACAGGCAGUUGGAGAUCAUUGGUACAAAAAAUGAGAACAAUGAUUUAGUUCCUAGUCAGCAAUGGAGAGACAGAUGUUCCCACAUAUUAGGAAAGACAAAGAAAAAUCUUUCUGAUGUAUUUCUUGUUGCUGCUCUCCCAGAAGAUGGUUAUCAGUCAUUCCUUGAGAUGUGCCGAAAAUAUGAAAAAGGUCUUCUAAAAGACCAGCGAGCAAUGGCAAAGGACCUACAAGAAAAGCCGAGGUUCAAGCCAUCAUACAUCAAAUGCUUAUUUGGCCUCGACGUUUCAGAUCGUGUUACUUUGUUGGGUCAGGUUGCUGACCAAAGUAACAGUCUGGAUGAACUGAAAUUAUUGUGCAAGGAGUGCAAAGUACUGAAGCCUGUUCAAAAGUGA